AUGUCCCCCCUCAGUCAGGCUCAGCUGGAGGUCGGGAAGAAGGCGAAGACCCGCUGCAGCAGGAAGCCCCUGCACGUGAACUUCAAGGAGCUGGGCUGGGACGACUGGAUAAUCGCCCCCCUGGAUUACGAGGCGUAUCACUGCGAGGGGGUCUGCGACUUCCCCCUGCGCUCCCACCUGGAGCCCACCAACCACGCCAUCAUCCAGACCCUGAUGAACUCCAUGGACCCGGAGUCCACCCCCCCCAGCUGCUGCGUGCCCUCCAAGCUCAGCCCCAUCAGCAUCCUCUACAUUGACUCCGGGAACAAUGUGGUUUACAAACAGUACGAGGACAUGGUCGUGGAGACGUGUGGCUGCAGGUAGCAAUUUCUGCAGCUCUCCCCCUCCCCACCCUGCCCUACCCCCCC